CUCUCUCUCUCUCCCUCUCUCUCACACUCAGUCGCUGUGCUCUGACGGAUGGGGAUACACUGCCAAGGAGGACUUAGGGGCGAGAAGAGUGUGUUUCUUUUCUUCUCUGGUGUGUGUUUUCUUUCUCUUCCGCCUGGCUUCCCUCAUGAGCUGUUAAUUUCCAAAACCCCCGGUCCUGAGGAUGAGGAGAAUCUAUUUGUGAAGAAGAAGAAGACGCAACAAAGGAAGAGGAAACAAGGAGCAACAGGGUGGUAAAUUCUGCGAGCCGGGAGUCAGCGAAAAAGAGCUUUUCUUUUUCUACAUGCUCGAACAAGGGGUCCUGACUCCCAGCAGCAGCAGCAGCCAUGUGAGAGGAGCUCCCAACAUGCACAGGAUGCCAAAGUCCAGCUAAAGCAGAGCAGCCCCCCUCCCAUUCCCUCCCUCCCUUCCUCCCUCCUGCUCCCUCCCUUCUUCCCACAUGAGGACGAGAAGAUGACUAUCACCAGCCGGCAGUCCUUCAAUGUCCUGACGGUCAUCUUCCUCCUGCUGUCCACUGCAGCCCUUUCAGCUCAUUACCGAGUGUGUGAACCCUACUCUGACCACAAGGGGCGCUACCACUUCGGCUUUCACUGCCCGCGCCUCUCGGACAACAAGACCUACAUGUUCUGCUGCUACCACAACAACACGGCCUUCAAGUACUGCUGCAACGAGACUGAGUUCCAGAUGGUCACGCAGAUCAACCUCACCACCACCUCAGAUGGUUAUGCACACAAUAAUUAUACAGCCCUGGUUGGCGUGUGGAUCUACGGCUUCUUCGUCAUGGUGCUGCUGGCGCUGGACUUUCUCUACUACUCAGCCAUAAACUAUGAGCUGUGCCGGGUCUACUUGGAGAAAUGGGGCCUCGGAGGACGCUGGCUGAAGAAAGCUCGGAGUCAGUGGCACAGAUCCAUGCCAGAGGAGAGCGACGUCCAGGCUCAAGCCCAGCCCAUGGUGCCCAGCCACUAUCAGCCCAGACACAGCCUCAGAGGAGAGAGCCACAGCCCCACACUCCUGCCCUACAACACAUCCACUGCAUGAAUGAUGCAGCACAUGGACAAACUGAAGAGUAGCAACGCCUUGUUUCCUUACGUGGUACAGAGGAGAUCCCCCACAGAUGCCCCUCUCUGGACCAGACACAAACACCAGUGGUGGGUUAGCCAUACUGUAGUAGUUAGAAAUGACUACCGCCCCUUUCUAAUGAGCACAAAACACCCAUGGACUGAUAAAAGCAGACGGAUACACCGUUUAGAUACCCGGCUGAACAAAGACUGCCAGGAAACGCUGAGGACCUUACCGCUGCUGUCACAACAGACACAUUCAUCAGCCGCUCACAGGUGUUCAGUGACCCCCCUUUCUUGAAAUGGCUGCCAAAGGCCUGGACUGUCCCAAACAAAUCCGAGCUGAACUGGAUAAACUGUACUCGCAAGCGAGGAGGCUUGUCUGUUUUUAAAAAAAAAGAAAAAAAAAGAAGCUCAUCUUUCUAGAUAUAAAAUGUUUAUUACGCUGCUGUGUCAGAGUUUGUGUUCAGUAGCAGUUAGACACAGUUGUGGGUUAUCUAUUUGGUGAUUUAUUUAUGUGAACUAGUCAAAGAAAUAUAUGAGUGGUUAACAUUCGGAACAUGUAACAGCGUAGGUUGAUGCUGUGCAUCUCACUUUAGAGUAGAAUGUUUUUUUGUUACUUACCGAAAAACCAGAAACAAAAUGUCUCAAUAUCUUGUAUGAAAUGUUUUAGGUCUCCUUUCUGAAAAACACGUGAUUUCUCUAUAUUGUAAUGUGUCUCUUACAAGGACACACCACCGCCAUGCAGUUCAAUAGCUGUAGAUCUAAAAGGUUUUACAUGAGGUCGUCAAGAUUUUUUUUUUUUUGGGUGGUGUUGAGGAGAAGGAUCUUGACUUAAUAAGUUAAUCACCCAAAACUUUAAUGAGGAUCAGGGAUGCUUUCACAACAGCAAAAGAGUUUUUUUGCUAAGUUAAGUUACCUUAACCCUUGGCUAUGAGCCUAUAAGUCCAUUUGAGACCAUUAUUUUUAAGGUUAGCAUGAGACAUUUGCCUGGGUAACCUCAUCCAAUGACUUGUUUGUCCUUCCUCAUUACUGGAGAUGUCUUAAAACCAUCUUUAUUAGCAAUAUGAUGCAAAUGAAUAUCCAUUUGGUUCCUUUAUAAGGAGCACUCUACAUCCCACAUUGGUAAUAGACAAUUGUAAGUGAUCAGCCAUAUUUAAAAAAAACACAAACAUUAAAAGCCCCUUUACUGUCAGCAAUAAUGUACAGUAGCUUCAUCUAACGGAUGACAUGGUAUGUAAAAGUCAGUCAUUGAGGUGUAUCACAGCUUGUUUUUAGAUUUAAUAAGAAGUGAAAUGGACAAACAGUGUUUCUGGUUACCAAAAAAAGCUUUUUACUUUAGAGCUGCAGCUAAUAGUUUCUUUCACUCCAAAUUAGUCUUCAGAAUUAUUUCUCAGUUAAAUUAAUGAAUAAUUUGGCACACAAAACGAAAACUGCCUGUUGUAAAUUCCAACAGCCCCGAGGUCAGGUAUUCAAAUAGCUUAUUUUGUUUUUAGAACCCAAGGAUUUUUCAGUCUACUGUGAGAAAGAAAAAGCAGAAAAUCCUUAAAUUUGGAACCAGUCAAACAGUUCGAUUAUCAAAUUAUUAAAUAUUUAGGGCUGCAACGUAAGAUUAAUCUUAUUACCUACCCAUUAUUUUCUCAAUUCAUCAAUGGAAAAUGCCUUUUUUCACAAUUUGUUGAUGUCUUGAUAUUACGUGUUUUUGUCAAAUGUGUUCUUGUUAAAAACAUUUGAGAAGCCGAAAGCAGGGAAAUGUUUGAGCUCAGAUCUUAAUUAACUAUUGAGAUAAAUUUAAAAAAUGCUCCUUCAUGUCCGAGGAUAAACAAAGCAGCUGCUGGUGCCAGACUACAUAGGAGCGACAGAGUGGGAAGACCAGGUGGACAGAUGGUAGGUACACUAGAAGAGGGGUAUAUGUCCCAAUCUUGCAUCUGCAACUGGUAAUCUGGCAGCUGUCAAGCCUGCGUGUGCAUCUUUGGUUCGUGCACACAUUGCAAUGAAAGCUAACACGACAUGGCGAAACGAGUCAGCCACGAGACUUAGCUCCAGCAGUCAUGUUUAUCCUCGCUCUCUCUUCAAAGGACCCACCGAAACAGAACUCUGGUCAAGUGCUGUAAACGGGAGCUGCCAGUGACAUACUCAGUUAUCAGUAAUAAUGUUCACAUUUGCUGAGUUGUUAGAGCAAGUUAAUUCCCAUUUCACUGGCUAAAGUUUAAUUGCAUGUGCGCUCCAGAAGGCUCAUGCCUUUGUCUUUGAGGGGGCAGAGGAACAGGAUGUGUCCAAGUAAAAUAAUUGGCCCGGAGACCAGUGGUUCGAAAUUACACUCUCUUGCUCUCUUUCUCUCUCUCUGUAGCUGCCUCCUGAUUCAGAGUGCGAACAGCAGCAGCAAAUAUCGAGGAGAGUUUUUUUUUACCAGGUGCAGCAGCAUCACAAAGGGGAUUUAAUUAGUCCCCAGUGCUGGAUAAGUGGGAAAAGAUCUGAUAUGUUAGAGAACAUGCCUCUUUUCAGGGCUCUCAGCUGACCUGUAAUAAGGCAAAGGUGGUCUAUUCUUAUCACCAAUAAUGUAAUAGUCUACCCAGGGAAAAAAAAAAAGAAAAGAAAAAACAACAUGAAAAUCAGUAGCAGGGUCGUAAAUGGAUUCCCUCGAGGCCGUUUCUUAAAAUGUUACAACUUUGUGAUGUUUUCUGUUUUGUUAAAAAAAACAGUCUUGACUCUGGCCUGAUGUGAUGUGGUACUGUAAAUCAGCUCGACUCUCUUCCCAAAUAAAAAAAAAUAAUUAAAAAAGAAGAAGAUGGGAAGAAGGGAGCACACAUCUGUUUCAGUCUCUCCAGGUUGUCAUGGUAACAGUUGCCUUACAGUUGAAUACCCACCUGUACACAGAAGCUUUGUAGUGGUUGAUACCUCACUUUUUUGGGUGUGGUGGUGAUGAUAAUGUGCACCACGUUCUGUCUAUGUAUUUACUACUAGAUAGAAUGUACAGUACCGUUUUCAGUUGGAUUGUUAUUGCACUUGUUGACUUUGUAUUGUCACGACAGGGAGAAAUAAAGUUUUAUCUUUUCCAGUGUG